AUACCUCAAAAUAUUCUCUUAAAUACGAGCCAUGUCCGAUCUGUGUUUAGUGUUCAAUCGACCGACCAGGAGCCACGAUGAUGGUGAUGAUCCUCUGGAUAUUGCUAAUAGCCUCGUCACAAGUGGAGAGCAAGUUCAAGAGCCUCCACUGCGAAAGCUAUGACCAUAGCCAUGGGGAGUUUUCUCUGUGCAAAAUAAAGGCCAUCAAUCGGUACAGAAACUCGAUCAGCACUACGUAUCUGAACAAGGAAUUUGUCCCCAAUCGCGUAACCGCUCGCUUGGAGUUUUUCAAACGAGCUAAUGGCUGGCGACCUUUUCUAUACAACAUCACGCUGAACGUAUGCGACUUCUUGGAUAGGAAGAAGACCAAGCCUAAUAGCAACACCAUGACGAUUUUCCGCAUAGCUGCGAGCUACCUCAUGCCGUACUUCAACACUAGCUUCACCUGUCCUUUUCAGCCAAAUACGGAAUAUAAAAUUGAGAAUCUGGAGUUCGAUGUGGAGAAGUUCCGCAUUCGUUUUCCCAUUGAGACGGGCGAGUAUGCUCUAAAUUUCGGUUUGUAUCACAAAAAGAUACUUGGCUUCACAAUUAAUGGCUCCUUGGAUUACUCCAACUACAGAGAGCACUGAAAUCAAUAAAUUCAAAAAUGUACAGCAUCCAUGAGACCCCCAAAAAUCAUUCACUGAAAGUAGUAAAGAGGGGAUUCUAAUCUCGAUCUAUUAUCGAAUUAGUUGAGAGGGCAGCGGUUAAUCUUGAAUCUAUUAAUCGUAAAACGCCGCCAAUUAUCUAGUUAAAUAAAAAAAAACAUUA